UUCGGUAUCGCAUAGCGUCCGGUGAGCAGCGGCACACGACGGCAACAGCAGCAGCGGCACCAGUACCCGACGGAAGCAUCCACCGCCACCGCCGCCCGCAAACAGCAGUAGUCGGUGCGUCAGUCAGUCGGCGUACGUCGCGUUUAUCGCACUUGUUAUCGUCGCCGCGCCGCCGUCGUCACCGUUGAAUUCGGACCGAAGGCACGUCGUUCAUUUUCGUAAUACUACCCCCGAAAACUGUUUCCAAACCGAUUGUUGUUUUUUUCAACUGAAAUAGUGAUUUGCGUCGAGAGAUCAUUUUGUUUACGUCGUCGGUAGAUGUUAAAUAAAUUUUUGUUCGCAAUUCAUCUUACUAUUUAAAAUACUUUACAUUGAAGACAUUCAUUAGCGACAUGUCAGUGCCAAAGGAUUCGGCCGAUGUCGUAUCGAGCACCCACAGUUACUUUGUGUAAUGUCAUCAAAACGCAAGUCGCCGCCAUCCAAAUUGCUUGAGAGUACAAAUCCCGAAACGAAUAAGACGGAGCAGCUGCAUUAUCCCGAGAACCAUUGCGACGAUAUGGAGACUGUAACAGACAGAAAUUGUGGCAGCCCAGUCGUGGCCAGCAGUCCACCUUCUGUAGCACAGCCGAUCGGUCACAGCAGUGGUACUUCUUCGCCGCCCUCGUCAGACUGCAGCGACACCAGCAACAACGGUCGGUACGCCAUCAAUUCUUCAUCGCCUCGGUCACAAUCCAACAAACGGCAACGCACCGAAAGCCCUUGCGGCAACUCUGCGGUAGACGGUAAAUCACCAUACUCGUACGGCGGCCGACAGCAAGCAGGUUCUGCCGGGUCGUCGCCACCCCAUCAACCACAGCAGCAAUUACCCCAGUCACAUCUAGCGUCAUUCCUGUCGCUUAACCAUAACGCGUUCUACGAGACAGCGGCUGCAGCAGCCGUUGCAUACGAACGAGCAUUUUUGGCCGCUGGACAACACGGGCCCCCUCCAUUCCAUUUGCUUGAUGGUAGCCAGACAGCAGCCGGUGGUGCCGGAUCACCAUAUUUCGAUAUCGAGCAACGGCUUCGAAAAGGUGACGAAUCCGUAGCCGAAAAAUUGGCUGCGGCGCAUUUGAUGCAUCUCAACAACAACACAUUCAUGCACAACCAAAACAACAACAAUAAUAACAACGUUAUGUCGUUGGCUGGACCUGCCGCCAAAAGGACUAUGGACGAUGUACUGAAAAAACUCUCUUCCAAAAUGCAUAUUCGAGACGAACAACAAAGUCCAAAUUCUCCAUCCAAGACCAACAACCACAGUAAAUCCGAUCCCGACCACGGAGAAGACGUCGCCGGUCAGCCCGGACUGGAUCUCCUGCAGCAUCUACAAGGUGACACUUCUACCAUCGUGGAAAAGGAACGAAAACUGUCUGAAAUGAUUCUGCAGUUGCAACUGUUCAGAGAGCAGCUCCUCACGCAACAGGAUCAUCCGAACAAGGUAAACACAAAGCUUUUUUAUUAAG